UUACACUUGUACAAAAUUUCUAUUUCAAAUUCUAUUUAAAGUUUGAUUAUAAAUGCUGACCAUUUGGUGACGAACAACCGCUGAGUGAUGAAAUGGAGGAAACGGGAAUCGGAACCGGACCCCGAACCUGAGCCGCCUGCCGUUGAGCCGCCCAAGACAUCCAGGUGGUCCAGUUCGAAUCGGAGAAAACCGCCGCAGAGUAUACCUAGUCCAGUGCCCCCACCCAUCAUCAGCAAUGUGGGCCUCUACAAGGCCACCUUCUACAGCAACAUAGGAUCCUUCUUCUUCGGCAUCGCCUUGGGUUGGUCGGGAUCGGUGGAGAAGUCGGUGAUGCAGCAGCACUCGUACUUCCUGCAUCCCUCGGCGGUCGAAUGGAACGUAGUCUGCAUCCUGCUGACCCUCGGAGCGGCCCUGUGGUGCAUCCCCAUGGGCUACAUGGUGCGAUCCUGCGGCUGCAAGCGCACCAUUCUCAUCCAACUGCUGCCGAAUACUCUGGGCUGGUUCCUCACCGCCUUCGCCAGGAGUGUCUAUAUGCUCUACGCCGGUCGCUUUGUCCUGGGAAUGUGCGGUGGGGCCCAUUGCGUGGCGGUUCCCAUCUACAGUGCCGAGAUCUGUACCAAGAAACAACGCGGUGCCAUGGGUGUGAUCUUCCAGGGGGCCUGCAUUUGCGGUGUCCUGUACAGCUUUACAAUGUCUAUUUUCCUGGAAUUGUGGCUGGUUAACUUUUUGAAUCUGGGGCUUUUAACACUGGGCCUGCUGCAGAUCCUCAUGCCGGAGUCGCCGAUUUACUAUGUGAACCGGGGCAACAUCCCGAAGGCGGAGGCCUCACUGCGAUAUUUGCGAGGCAAGAAGUACGAGUCGCGAAAGGAGAUCGACCAGCUGAUGCGGGAGCCCACGCAGAGUGAGCAGGACGUGCGCCAAGGACCGCUGGGGGGCUUCAAGUAUAAGAAAAUACGAAGGAGUCUCGCUCGGACCUUGGCGCUCGCCGUGCUCCAGAAACUGAGUGGUGCCCUGAUCUUCAGCUUCUAUGGCCCGAAUAUGCUGACCUGCCUGAAGGUUCAGCGCGAAUAUGGAUCAGUACUGGCUUUGGGCAUAACUGCCGGGUUUGUCAUCUGCUUUCUUCUGGUGGAUCGAGUGGGUCGAAGGCCGCUGCUGAUCUACUCCUCGGCUGUGAUGUUCUUCAUGUCCGCCUUCCUGGGGCUGUACUUCAAGAUCUGGAUGUUUAUGGAGACCACCGUCCUGCCCUGGGUUGCCCUCGUCUGCAUAUCUUUUUUUGUGGGUGCCUUUAUCGCCGGAGUGGGCUCACUAACCUGGCUGCUCAAUGUGGAGCUCACUCUGAAGCCCAUGCGACCCGUCGGCUGUGCGAUUGCCUGUGCCGCCAACUGGCUGACUGCCUUCUUCGUGGUCUGCUGGUUUGCCAGUCACGAGAUCAAGUGCCAACCGUAUCUGUUCCUGCUGUUCGGCAUCAUCGCGGUGAUUGUCCUGCUCUUCUCACUCGUCUACAUCCCCGAGACCAAGAACCUGUCCUCGGCCAAGAUUCAGCAAAGGAUGGGCGGGAUAAUGAACAGGCCCACGUCGAUCACAUUCACUUCCAGCAGCGACUCCUCGAAUGCUUAGUUAUUGUCUCUAAUAAAUUCAAGGUCAAUUUAAUUA